UGGACCCUCUUGGGAAGCUAGAGAAACCUUUAAUGGAUGAAGAAGAAGAUGGCUUGUUUGCCAUGCAACUGGCUACAGUUUCAGUAGUUCCAAUGGUGCUGAGGACAGCUAUGGAGCUUAACUUGUUAGAGAUGAUAGCAGAAAAGGGUGAAGGUGGUCAGUCGUCUGCUUUCGAGUUGGCUUCUCGUCUUUCGACAAAGAACCCAGAUGCUCCAAAUAUCGUGGAUAGGAUGCUACGUCUUCUGGCUAGUUACUCCAUCCUCACUUGUUCUACUGUCACUGAUAAUCAAGGACAUGCUCAAAAUUUAUAUGGUCUGGCUCCUAUUUGCAAGUACUACACAAGGGACAAAGAUGGAGUUUCUCUUGUUCCUUAUGUCACAACGUUUCUCACCAGACCUUUUAUUGAUUCUUGGUACCAUCUAAAGGAGGCGGUAUUGGAAGGAGCUGCUCCAUUUGAAAAGGCAAAUGGAAUGGAAAUAUUCGAGUUCGUGAGAAGGAAUAAAACUGGUUUCAAUGAAACUAUGUUCAACAAUACCAUGAUGGUCAUGAGAAAAUUUCUUGAGAAAUACAAAGGAUUUGAGGACCUCCAUCAGCUAGUUGAUGUGGGUGGUGGCUUUGGGGCUAAUCUUAGCUUGAUAGUCUCCAAGUACCCCCAAAUUCAAGGCAUCAACUUUGAUUUGCCCCAUGUUGUUCAAGAUGCACUACCUUGCGCAGGAGUAAAGCAUGUUGGAGGAGAUAUGUUUGUCAAUAUUCCCAAGGGAGAAGCAAUUUUCAUGAAGUGGAUACUUCACGAUUGGGAUGAUGAUCAAUGUGUGAAAAUACUGAAGAAUUGUUACGAUGCAUUGCCUGAAUUUGAAAAAGUGAUAGCGGUGGAAUCUGUCAUUCCAAAAUUUGUAGAAACAGAUGUUAGAUCCAAAAAUGUUUUUAAAUUAGACAUGUGCAUGUUUAUAUCUGAUAAUCUGAGAUCCAAUAGAAUAGGGUUUUACAAGGGUUUGUCUAUUGAAGAAUAA